ACACUACUAUAGUUUUUUUUUUUUUUUUUUUUUAUUCAAGUGGGAACUUUUUAUACUUGAAAUGAUACUUAUUUUGUCGAGUAUUUCAAAAAUAGAUUAACUAAGAUUUAUUGAGAGUAGUGACAUAUGUCAUAUAGAUAUUUACGAGUAUAAAAAUAUACAUCGACUUAACAGUUGCCUCUUAUUUAUGUGAUAGUCUUGAUUUUGAUUGAUCAUGUUGUGAUAUAUGUAGAAAAUAUUUUGUUUUAAAUUUUCUUUCGUUAGUUUAGACUUAUAUAUAUCAAAACAAUAACAUUUUACAUGUGAUAAUGUCAUUGCACAAUAAAAAUUUAUUUAUUAUAUGCGUAAUUAUAAUAUUAAUGAUUAAUCAUAUUAAAUCACAAUGUCUUGAAACGACAGCGUGUACUUGUUUGCGUUACGACAAAAGAGGUUAUGAUUUGAGACCAUUAGCGCAUCAAGGGCCAUUUCAUAAUAAAAAUAAUAACAUCACUUUCCAACCAUGCAAUGACGUUGAUUUGACUUUUAAAGUCUCCAAUGAUAGUGACUGUCAUCUAUCAUCGGUUUGUUUGCUAGAUGGAUUAAACAAAUCAGUAAACUUGGGUAAAGUUGAAGAAUCAGCGUGGAAAUAUUCUUUGAUAAAUACAAAUGAUGUGCGAUUGAUAUUUCAUCAUUCUAAUUAUGUGACAAAUAUUAAAUUAGAGUGCUGUCAUAAUUGUCCAACAGAAUUAGUCUACCACAAUUCUACUAACUCAGAAUAUAAUUUGAUAUUCAUAUCAGAGAGUAAUUGUUUGGUAUACAUGAGACGAGGACUAUCAACUGGAUCUGUUUUAGUUAUUUUAUUACUUGUUUUUUCUGGAAUCUAUUUUGCUAGUGGAGCUCUUGCGUUAAAAUAUUUCCGAGGGGCUGUUGGCUUGGAAUUGAUUCCUAAUUAUGAGUUUUGGUCUGAUCUUCCUGGAUUAGUUAGAGAUGGAGUGACAUUUACACUUAGUGGCUGUUCAGCAGUAAGUUACGAAAGAAUAUAAAUUUUAUGAUGGAUAUAAUUUUUGUUUACGCAGUGACACUUUAAAAAAUUGAAUUAUAAGUUAAAAAUUGAGAAGAACUAUUCAAAAACUUUAGGCAUUUAUUAUUUUUUUUUUUUUUUCAUCAUUGUUUUCCUUUUUCCAAGUUCUUGAAAAAUAUUUUUACAAAAAAAGUCAGUCUAGUUUCAUGUGUUUUGUAAAUAACUUAUUCAGAGUGACAAUAACUUUUUAAAAUCUACAGUACCCAUUAUACUUCAUAUUGUCGUGAAUUCAUUGAUUUAUUCUGCGUGUUACAAAUGUGUAAGAAGCUAACAAAAAAAAUUUUUUUGUUCUUACCGAUGAUGGAUUCUAUUCAUUAGAAAGAUGUAUUUGAUUUACGAGCGAUAUAGUAUUUUUUUGGUCAGUUAUAUGUAGCGUCGUCUUAAAAGGAUUAAUCACACCACGUCGUGUUUAUUUUUUGAUCGUUAUACAGAGUGUAGUAAAUUGUUACAAAUAAUUAUUAAUCUCGAAACAAAAUAAUAGAUACUAAUUUGGCAAUAUUUUGAUAUAAAAUUAAUUAAAAUUAAAAUGUAAUUUUAUAAAUUUAAAUUUUAUCAAAUGUUGGAAUUAUUGAGAAUCAUAUAAUUUAUUAAAAGUAUUAAAAAUAUAUUUUUUAAACUAUCCAUUACUCUACGCUAUAUAAUAUACAGUAAACUCUAUA